UCUUAUCUCACGUGUGCGUGUGCUUAAGUUGUGGAGCCACCAUUACCGCGUAACCUUCGCCUCUCAUUAGUUAUACAACAAAUUGGUCAAAAACUAUUGAACAAUACUUUUUUCAGUGCGAAACAAUCCUGUGAUAAUCUCUUAGAAUCCUAAACAAUCGUUCGAAGCAGUUCAAUAAAAAUGACACCUGCUUAAUCCAGUGAAAUUUUAACAACAAAAAAGUUACGUGCACCCACGAGGUUUUGGAUGGGGUUUCAGUACCCAGGUUUUAGUAUUAUCAAUUCCCCAUCAAUUAAUAGACUGAAAGAGCCAAACAACAAUUAACAAUGUUGCGUUACGGUGCACUCCUCACUCGAAAGUCUCCAUUCACCACAAAUAUCGUCUUAAAAAUAAAACUUCUCCCACGUGAGUUGUCAACACCAAAAAAACAAGUAAUUUCCUCUGCGGCAAUUCAACAUACCCAGGAAUUCAGCACAUAUCUCUCAAGACAAUGUCCAGUUGCAUCAAAAGACAGCGAAAACACUCCGAAAAUAAAAAUUCACAGUCUCCUCGACGAAAAUCAACAAUGGAGCACAGCCAAAGAUGAUGCAAUUGAAAACACUGAAUCCUGUGAACCCUCUGAGACACCGGAUUCUUCAUCGACACCAACGCAUCAUCAUGUGCGGCUGAAGGACAGGUACAGCAUUGCAGAUGUUGAGAGGAUGUAUAAACAUCCAAAGGCGAACAUUCAUGACAUCUACCAAAUUGUAGGAAACCAGCUUCAAAGGAAAUGUCUGAACUACGAAUUUAAAAUGCGGCAAAAGCCCUCCAAGUGGACCUGUACAGUGAAUGCUACCUGGCCAGAAGAGUUGUCCUUCUCUGCUACUGCAAACACCAAACUCCUGGCAGCUCAUUCAGCUUCACUAAAGCUUCUGCAUUACCUUGAAAACCAGAAGAAGCUCCACGAUGGAAAACCGAUCGUCUACAGUGCUGGGGAUAUAAAAGAAAUGUCGAACAGGCCUGUAGCCUUGAAAAUUUCAAGACGAGCUGGGGAGGAGGUCAACUUCAUUAUGGAAAAGUAUGAUCAUGAGAUUAGGGAUCUUCUGGAAAACUUUGAAGCAGAAACUCACACAGAAUCAGCAUCUUCGAAACAUUAUGAGUCGUGUUUCCAGGCUGGGGCAAUCAUAGAUCCAGUGGGCAAGUCCAAUCCCUUAAACAGAGUACCAGAAAAAGUUGCAGAUCGAAACAGAGUUCUUUUGGCUCGAUAUGAAGACAGAGUUUUCAAUGGCCCACCCUCAGACCUUCCAAUCGUGGAUUAUCGGGAUAAAAUCAUUAAUGAGAUUGAAAAUAAUCAGGUAAUGUUAAUCAAAGGUGACACAGGUUGUGGCAAAACAACGCAAGUUCCUCAGUAUAUCAUGGACCACUUUACCAAGAAAUCGAAAGCAACAGAUUGCAACAUCCUAAUUUCUCAGCCCCGAAGAAUAUCAGCAAUCUCCCUCGCCGAACGUCUUGCAGAUGAACGAAGAGAACAAGUUGGGGAUGUUGUUGGAUAUCAAGUUCGCCUAAGCCAAGAACUUCCCAAUACCCCAGCUGGAAUUCUCUUCUGCACGACAGGAAUUCUUCUACGAAAGCUUCAAUUCAAUCCAAAGCUCGAGGGCUGCUCCCACGUUAUUGUGGACGAGGCUCACGAACGAACAAUCAACACAGACAUGUUACUGGUCCUCCUUAAACGUGCAAUGGCCAUCAACAAAGAUCUGAAGGUAAUCAUCAUGUCAGCUACAAUAAACGCUGAAUUAUUCCAGAAUUAUUUCAAUUGCAACGUCAUUGAGGUCCCAGGAAGAACUUAUCCUGUCGAAUCUCAUUACCUAGAAGACAUUGAUAGACUUGGAUUACGCACUCAAAAUACCUACAGUGGAAUGCUGUUCGAUGACAGAAGACCAGUGACCCCUGAGUUACUGCACGAUGCGCCAGUUAUUGAUUUAGUCAAGAUGGGAGAGUUAAUUGUGUGGAUAACAAAAAACAAGCCCCCAGGUGCUAUUCUCUGUUUCCUUCCUGGCUGGGCUGAGAUAACACAAUUGCGAAAAUACCUCGAAGAAUUCAGUUUCUUAUCGAAAAGGAAAAAGGAUGUAAUGAUUAUCCCCCUACAUUCAAAGAUGGCCCAUUACGAUCAGAGGAAAAUUUUUGAAACACCUCCCCCAAACGUCCGAAAAAUUGUACUCUCUACUGACAUUGCUGAGACUGGGAUUACGGUUACUGAUGUCGUUUAUGUCGUUGACUCCUGCACCCAUAGACAAGUCCAGUGGCAUGAGAAACGAGGAAUAUCGUCCAUCAGCAAUCAGUGGGCUUCCCAAGCAAAUAUCAGACAAAGAAAGGGAAGGGCUGGGAGGGUAAAACCUGGAGUCAGUUAUCAUUUUAUCACGAGGGAAAUGUACGAACAUUUAGCCCCUUAUCCAGUGCCAGAGAUUAAACGCUCUUCUCUGGAAAAGACUGUGCUAGAUGGAAAGACUUAUAGCAGUAAUGAAAAAGCAUUGGAAUUUUUCGGUAGCGUUCCAGAACCUCCAGCACCUGCGGUUAUCGAACAGGCUGUGAGAGAUCUUGUACACCUUGGAGCUUUAGAUGAUGACGAAAAUUUAACGCCUUUGGGUAAACGCAUUGCCUUCUUCACAGUCCAUCCUAAAUUGAGCAAGGCUUUGCUGUACUCUUCGAUAUUCAAUUGUAUAUCUCCCAUGCUCACGAUAUCAGCUGCAAUGGCUGCAGAGGGUGAUAUUUUCACUGGAGUUUUGCAAAAUAAGGAAGCUGUCAGGUUGAUUAAGAAAAAAUAUCAUCCAAGUAGCGAUCAUGCUAGUCUCGCUUGGCUUUAUCAACAGUGGCUGUCUUAUGCCAAUCUUGGUAGAUAUGAAGUUCGUGAUUUUUGUUUCAAAUCGAGACUCUAUCCAGAAAGAAUGUACACAUUGAACAAAGUUAGGGAUUUGUAUGGAGAACAUUUGCUACAUGCGAGACUCAUAGAUACACCUCAUGAUUUUCAAAAUCUUAACGCUAAGACAAAUGAGUAUGCCGAGCUGGAUGAGAUGGUGAGAGGAGUUUUAUUAUCCGGGGUCGAUCAGAUAAUUUACCAGAGAGAUUUUGAGAUCAGAAACGGGCAGAUGAAGAAGGGAAGUUCAACUUUUGUGACGGAAAAUGGAACGAGAGUCACUAUCACACCGGAUAGUGUGAAUUUUAAGAGGAAAAAGUGGCCCAGUCCCUUUUUGACGUAUGUCAGAAGUACUCACAGUGAAGAGAGAAGAAUGAGCCUCGUGAGAGAGAGCAGUAUGAUUUCGCCAUUGACUGUUUUUAUGUUUAGCCAGGCGCAAAUGUUAGGAUUUUUACAUAAAUCUCCAGGGUGUAGUGAGCCUGAUGGUGAAAACAGUCAAAUUGUUUUUACAAUGAAGGGCCGAAAGAACAUCAGACUGCUGUGUGAUAAAGAGACUGCAACUGCGUUACUGAAAUUCCGAGACAUUAUGUGGGAGGUUGUACGUUACAUGGUAGCUAAUCAAGGAUUGCCGAUACAAGAUAAGGAUUCUUACAAUCAAAUACGUGACUUCAAAGAGCAACUUCUUCAAGUACUAGGAAAAAUGCUGAGUGAAUCUGCUGAUUUGAUUGACGAAUCUGAAACCACCUCUUCACAACAGGUUCGGAACGGAAACGAGGAGGAUGAUGAUUAAUUAUUUUGUAAAUUUUGUAAGGCUAAUUGGUAAAUGUUGAAUUGAGAAUUAAACCCAUUGGUAAACACUUGUUUAUUGAUGAUGGUUCAUGAUACAUGAUUCUUCUCAUUUCAGUACAAAUAGAUGUAAAUAAAGUAGAGGGUAUGAUAAUGGUAAA